ACAUCGCAUCUUCCCUUUUAUUGUAAACUGUAAGGCAACAGAAGCUUUUUUUCUUAUAAACCUAACCUGUUAUGAUCAAAUAGUGUUUGUUUCAGCUCAAGGAGGAGCCUGUGACCCUCAUCAGCAACAGUGGACGCAUGACCAGUGCGCGUUCAGUCGCUGAAAUCAGUUUCCGGAAGACGCGUGUGGCCAUUGUGCAGGAAGAGACAAGUGAAAGACAUACAGGAAGAGAGAAAAGAGAGUGAGACGCAGGAAGUGCUGCAGGAGGAACAUGACCGAGUUCUGGGUUUGUUUCAGCUGCUGUGUCGCCGAGCAGCCGCAACCUAAGCGGAGGCGGAGAAUAGAUCGCACUAUGAUUGGAGAACCAACAAACUUUGUUCACAUGACUCACGUGGGUUCUGGAGAUAUGGGUUCGGGGCUGGGUUCUGUGGACUCCGUUCAAACACAGAUGAAAUCUAAAGGUGGCUAUGGGAAUGGCACACCAGAGAGCGUUCAAGGAUAAACAGCUCAUGCACACCCAUCGGGACCACAAACAAAUGCAGAUCACAUACACUGGAGCAAAGUGCUCGCAACACUGCCAUCUGGACUGCUGUAGAUAUUUUUGUAAUAAAAGCAUCGCUAUUCUUUUACUGUUUGUUAAUUGUUCUGUACAAAAAGACAUCUAAUGGUAGAGAUUGAUCCAAAUGUCAAUACUUGUUUGUUAAUGAGAAGGAUCAAUUGUGAUCAGACUUUUUCAAUGGAUCUGUAUUUAUUUCAUGGUUUAAUGGUGGCUGGGCCACAUGACAUCACAUUUAUGCAAAAACUCUGCAAAUGCUUCUGAGCUGUUAUUAAAUCUGUAAUAACUGCUGUUUCUUAUAUUUUGUACCUUUCAAAUAUUCCCUGGUUCAUGGAAUAUUCUUUGUUUUAUGUUUUAAAUGUGCUAUUUUGCAGGAAACUUGAAAUGUGCAUCUCACUGUAACAUUUGUGCAAUGCUCGUAUCGGGUGCAUUGCCAGGAAAGUAUUUUUGUACAAAUUGUGUUCAUUCUGAUGCCUGAAUAAAAGAACAGCCUUAUAAGA